GAGGCUUCCCCCAAUCAGGGAGGUCUGGAGAGCAUAAAAAUGUGGAUUCCCAGGUGCCUCGAGAGUGGGACGGCUCAGUUUCAUCCCUUCAAGAACAAGAAGACAGUAGAACAGCCGGGCCAGCCUGACUCAAACCAGCAGAUAGUGAUUGAGAGUGAUGGUUAAAUGGAUUAGAGAGAGAGGGAGGGAGAGGGAGAUAGAGAGGGGAGGGAGAUUUGCCAUGAAGCUUUCUGCCCUUGAACACACAGGGCAAAUCUGAUCCAGUAAAGUAGACAGCACACGCACUACAAGUCCAUAUUCUCACUUUUGAGUACUUCACACAUACACACGCACCCUGCAUCCAGCAUCUCCUGGAGAAGUAGGGCACCGUCCUCCCCUGACAAACCGACGGAGUGUGCAUUAAGAAACUCUCCGGCAGGGAGAGAUAAAGAUAAAAAAAACAAACAGGGAAGAACCGCAUCUUGCUGCGGGAGGCGAUGCCGUUUCCACACGGACCCAAGUCGAGCGCGCGGACCAUGGACAGCAGCCACUAAAGAGUGAAGGAUGCAACCAGGCAGACAUUUCUGAGCUUGGAAAAGGGGAAACCCACUUCAUGUGACCUUCGGGAAAUAAAUAUGCUCUGCGGUGACGCAGUCCAGGAGCUGCUAUGGAUGUAGGUCCAAUUAGAAGCAUCAGCACCUUUGACCCAACAUAUCAGGACAGUGUCCAGGCACAAAGAAGUAAGACAGAAGUCAAUACACAAAACAAUAAACUUGCUUUACAAGAAUUCCCCUUAACCUCAUAACAACAAAACACUUUUAUGCACAUUUUCUUUUUCUAUAUAUCUGAAUUUUUUCUUUUGGAGUAAUGACUGUGGCAAAGUUAUGGGAUGUUUUAACCUGACCACCGGCGCUGCUGUUCCAUGUUAACACGUCCCACCUCUGAACCCACGGUGGUCCCUUUCCUGUUUCUCCGGACCCUCGGAAAUCCCCUCUUAUUCGCACGCCUGCCAUGCGUGCAUGCGUGGGACUCCUCUACCUGCUGGUGCAUGUGCUGGCGAGAGCAAGAGGCCAGUACGACCUGUGCAAGUCUCUCGUGAGCACGGACGAAGGUGCCGUGUGGGAGCAUUAUGCGUGCCAACCCAAAGCCCAGGCCAUGAAGGAGUACAUGCGCAUCCACGUCGAGCCACCAGGCGUCACCUGCGGGAACCCACCAGAGAGAUUCUGCACUCUGGAGAAUCCAUACCUCUGCAGUGAUGAAUGUGACGCGUCUAACCCUGACCUGGCUCACCCGCCGCAGCUGAUGCAGGACCGCGAGCGCAGCGGCCUCCUCACUUACUGGCAGACGGUCACGUGGCGGCGGUAUCCCGAGCCUCUUCAGGCCAACAUCACCUUGUCCUGGAACAAAACCCUCGAACUCACCGACGACAUUCAGAUCACCUUCGAAUACGGCCGGCCCACCGUCAUGGUGCUGGAGAAGUCGCUCAAUUUCGGCCGCACAUGGCAGCCCUUCCAGUACUACGCCGACGACUGCGUGGAUGCGUUCAAAAUGGCGCCGAGACGAGCGCGCGAUCUGACCGCGGCAAACGUCACGCACGUCAUCUGCACAGAGCAAUACUCACGCUGGGUCGGGUCCAAGAACGAGAAGGUGGUGCGCUUCGAGGUGCGUUCCCGCUUCACCAUCUUCGCCGGCCCGAGGCUGCUGAACAUGGAAGGCCUGUACACGCGGAUGGAGAGCAUGAAGGGUUUACGAGAUUUCUUCACGUUCACCAAUCUCAGGCUCCGCCUCCUCAGGCCUGCUCUCGGAGGAACGUACGUCCAGAGAGACAACCUGAUGAAAUACUUCUACGCCAUUUCUAACGUGGAGGUGCUGGCCAGGUGUAAAUGCAAUCUCCACGCGUCUCAGUGUUUGUAUGUGGACGGCAACUUACAGUGUCAAUGUGAACACAACACGACCGGACAGGACUGCCAGCGCUGCAAAAAAGGAUUCAAAGCCAAGACCUGGAAAUCAGGAUCGUAUUUACCAACACCCAACGGAUCCCCCAACACAUGUUCUCAGGCGUUGGCUGGUUCUUCUUCUGGUUCCAAUACCCCUCCUAAACACCACGUCCCAUCAGCUGAAAUAGAGCCUAAGGCACUUUUUACCACCAUGGAAGCCCCGCCCCCUGUCACACCCCCUUCUCAUAUUCUCAGUAAGGACACGCCCCACAAAGCCACACCCCUGGAGGAGGGGCCUGUUCACACACAUAUAGAAAGCAAAGUUCCUCACAGACAUAAUCACCAACCCAAGCACCAAGGACAAAACAUGUUUCCUGUUGAAAAAGAGAGGACACACCACGGAGAAAUUAAGAAACAGCCUGUCAAAGUAGAGGAUUCUGGGAAGGGUGAGGAGAUUUCUGGGAGGAAAGAGAGGAUAUCUGGGAAGCAUGAAGAAGAUUCUGUUGAGCCAGUGCCAGAAUCUGCAGUGUCAAUUCCAGAGCCUGUCAAGCCAAUGUCAAAAUUUCAGGAGCCAACACAUAAAUAUCAUGUUCAUAACUCAAUAACAGAAUAUCAUGAACUAAUACAGAAAUCUCAUGAUCCAAUAGUUAAACCUCAUCAGCCAGUAGUACACCAUCAUGAGGCAAUGCAUAACCCUCAUGAUCCAAUAGUGAAAACUCAUGAGCCAAUGCAUGAAGCUCACGAGCCAGAGAAACCUCAUGAACCAAUAGUACAUCAUCAUGAGUUAAUGCAUAAACCUCAUGAUCCAAUAGUGAAUUCUCAUGACACAAUAGUAAAUACUCACACACCAAUAGUAAUUCCUCAUGAGACAAUGCAUAAACCUCAUGAGCCAGAGAAACCUCAUGAGCCAAUAGUACAUCAUCAUGAGCCAAUGGAAGAACCCCAUGAGCCAAUGCAUAAACCUCAUGAGUCAAUAGUGAAAUCUCAUGAGCCAAUGGUGAAACACCAUGAGACAAUGCAUAGACCUCAUGAGUCAAUAGUACAUCAUCAUGAGCCUAUGCAUAAACCUCAUGAGCCAACAGUACAUCAUCAUGAGCCAAUGCAUAAACCUCAUGAGCCAACAGUACAUCAUCAUGAGCCAAUAGUACAUCAUCAUGAGCCAAUGCAUAAACCUCAUGAGCCAGAGAAACCUCAUGAGCCAAUAGUACAUCAUCUUGAGCCAAUGCAUAAACCUCAUGAGCCAAUGGUGGAACCCCAUGAGCCAAUGCAUAAACCUCAUGAGUCUAUAGUACAUCAUCAUGAGCCUAUGCAUAAACCUCAUGAGUCAAUAGUACAUCAUCAUGAGCCAAUGCAUAAACCUCAUGAGCCAACAGUACAUCAUCAUGAGCCAAUAGUACAUCAUCAUGAGCCAAUGCAUAAACCUCAUGAGCCAGAGAAACCUCAUGAGCCAAUAGUACAUCAUCAUGAGCCAAUGCAUAAACCUCAUGAGCCAACAGUACAUCAUCAUGAGCCAAUAGUACAUCAUCAUGAGCCAAUGCAUAAACCUCAUGAGCCAAUGGUGGAACCCCAUGAGCCAAUGCAUAAACCUCAUGAGUCAAUAGUACAUCAUCAUGAGCCAAUGCAUAAAGCUCAUGAGCCAAUAGUACAUCAUCAUGAGCCAAUGCAUACACCUCAUGAGCCAGAGAAACCUCAUGAGCCAUUAGUACAUCAUCAUGAGCCCAUGCAUACACCUCAUGAGCCAGAGAAACCUCAUGAGCCAAUAGUACAUCAUCAUGAGCCAAUGCAUACACCUCAUGAGCCAGAGAAACCUCAUGAGCCAAUAGUACAUCAUCAUGAGCCAAUGCAUAAACCUCAUGAGCCAAUGGUGGAACCCCAUGAGCCAAUGCAUAAACCUCAUGAGUCGAUAGUACAUCAUCAUGAGCCUAUGCAUAAACCUCAUGAGUCAAUGGUGAAACACCAUGAGCCAAUGCCUCAUGAGCCAAUAGUACAUCACCAUGAGACAAUGCAUAAACCUCAUGAGCCAAUUGUACAUCAUCAUGAGGCAAUGCAUAAACCUCAUGAGCCAGUAGUGAAAUCUCUUGAGCCAGUGCAUAAAUCUCAUGAGCCAAUUGUACAUCAUCAUGAGCCAAUGCAUAAACCUCAUCAGCCAAUAGUACAUCAUCAUGAGGCAAUGCAUAAACCUCAUGAGCCAGUAGUGAAACCUCAUGCAUCAAUAUUAGAAUCUCAUGGACACAUACCAACACAGCCAAAAAGGGAAUCGCAUAAACCAGUACCAGAGUCAGGGACAAUGCAUGGAUCUGUGCUGCCAAAAGUAGAGACAGUUUCAUCAGUACAUAUGCCACAUGAAUCAGUACCAAAGCAUCACAUCUCAGGACCAAAACAUGAGGAUAUAAAGUCAGUACUAAAGAAACCAAAUGAGUCGGAAGGAAAGACAAAAGAAGAGGAGGAAGGGUCUCAUACACACACAGCUGUUGGAGACCCACACAAACACUCAGAAGAGCACGGUAAAGGAGAGGGUGAAGUAAAACCCAUUCAUAAGUGGGAGAGAGAAGAUGAAGAGAAUAAAAAAGCUCUUCUGAAGUUCUUACUUUCUGGAGGGCAACAGACUGUACAGCUAAAAGGCAUCAUAUAUGACGACUUCAAAGAUUGUGAAUGUAACGGACACUCGAAUCGAUGCAGUUACAUCGACUUCCUGAACAUAGUCACAUGUGUGAGCUGCAAACACAACACGCGUGGUCAGAACUGCGAACACUGUCGCAUGGGCUUCUACAAAAACACCUCUGCAGAGCCUGAUGAUGAGAAUGUGUGUAUCGAGUGCAACUGUAAUACGAUGGGCUCAUUGCACGACCGCUGUAACGGUACCGGCUUCUGUCAGUGUAAAGAGGGCACUACCGGAGUUAAAUGUGACGACUGUCUCCCCGGUUAUUAUUGGAAACAGGGCUGUUUCAGUAAGUACCUCCCAGAUUCAUUAAACACUUCCUAAUCAGACUUCAUUCAACUCUCCAAUCAAUGUCAAAGUGUGCAAUCGCCUCUUCAUUCUCCUCAGCCAAUUUCAAGUUUAAAUCAGAUAUUAAUUGGCUCAGUCCUUUACA